AUACUGCCGUAAGGUUUAUGGGUUAGACUAGGUUAACAAUUUUAUUUUAGAAAUAAAUAAUCAUGUAUUCCAACAUGAUUCCAUGAUAACAAUUAUGUAACAAUAAUUAUCCCCCAAAGUCUUACCCUGGUUUCUCCACCAUGCAAGCUUUGGGAAUGUCUUGGCGUAAACUUAUAAUGAAUGUUAAAACGUCAGGAGCUACAUCAAAUGUGCGUAAAGCAGUAAAAGUUGCCUUCAGUGACAAAUAUUUACUUCUUACAAAUGUUACUAUAUCCGUAACUUUGUCAUCAGUUGGGGAUCUUUUGGAGCAAACUUACGAAGUGUAUACUAAAGAACAAGAUAGGAUAAAUCCGAAACGGACUAUGCACAUGGCCUUUUCUGGUGCUGCACUAGGAGUUUUGUGUCACCAUUGGUAUAAAAUACUUGACAAAUUUAUUGUUGGCAAAACGCUUGACAUGGUUACCAAGAAAUUAUUAUUAGAUCAAUUAAUAUUUUCACCAGUUAUGAUUAUUACGUUUUUCGGUAGCUUAGCUAUUUUAGAAGAUAAUCCUACUGAGAAUUUUGUUAGUGAAGUUAAAGAUAAGUUUGUUACAUUGUACAAAGCGGAGUGGAUGGUUUGGCCGCCUGCACAAGUCAUUAACUUUUACUUCCUUCCCACUAGGUUUAGAGUGUUGUAUGACAACACUAUAUCCUUAGGAUAUGAUGUUUAUACAUCACAAGUAAAACAUAGGAAAUCAGAGAAUUCUGCGAGCUCUUGAAGCUUAUGAGGUAUAGUUAGGUAAAUAGUUGACAAAACUUUUGUCCGUUGUAAUGGUGCAAAAAUAACUUUGACUCAAGCAGAAGACUUUUAAUUAGAAAUGUACUGUGUUAGUCAGUAACAGCACCUAAAUUAUUUAUUACAAGGAUUUAGUCUUGAGUUCAAGGUUUAUUUGCUAUUUGGAACUUAGUGUUGUGAGUAGUACAAAAAACAAACAUGUAUUUUAUUAUGUUUAUUUAUAACUUUAUUCUAUUUAUUUUAAAUCUUACCAUAGUACAAACUAAGCAUCAACUUACUUUUUAAAGAUUGCACUUUUUAUUGCAAGAAUUUGAAUUUUAAAUUGCUCUCAUAUCCACUGGUGCAUAAUAUUGUUGACAUAAUCAUAAUAUUAAAAUUGAAAUUCUGUAUACCUCAUAGUCUAAGCUAGCUUAAAAUAAGCUCUGCUGUGAUUAUAUUAUACAAAUGUAUAUAUUUUUGUUAACAAUUAUGUACAUAUUGCUGUAUAUAAAGUGUUUGUUAUUUAUUUAA